CUUCUUAAAAAUAGUUAAAUAUCAAUUUUGACAUGUGUUAUCAUGAGAAGUUAAAGGACAGAAUACAGUUUUGUUUUGUUUUUCCAUUCCUAAAACCUAAACAGAUUCUGGAGAAGUGCAAGCAAUGGCUAAAGGCUUGUAGCUCCUCAUAACAGCUGAAUACAACAGUUAUAGACAGGAACUACCAAAUUUUUGUGUGUACAAAGGUAAGCACAAGUAGAUUUACCAUGUACUGAUUUUCAUAAUUUUAUAUGUUGUGUUGUAUUAGUAUCAAAUAGAUAAAAUGAAAGGUAAUAUUUAAAUAAUGCAGUUAUGUGUAGAUCUACGUUGCAACUUUGGGUUACAUAAGUUUAGUCUUUGAUAUUAAACAGUUAACAAUGAACGGAUUUUGCUUAUUUAAUUGGUUGUGUUAUGUGAAAUGUACACUCUUAGUACAUACUAAAUUUAAGUGAGUUCUAACAAUGGAUUGCUCACUAAACAAGUAGUUCAGUAACUGCAGUUUAAGUUUCUAAGUAUCUGUUGUAAGUCUUACGCAAGCACAAGUUUAUUGCACUGUUUUGUUCUUCCUCUGGCUUCAGAAGACUUGGGCUUUAACUURAGUUUCUCCAUGAUUUCUUUAAAAUAACUUCGCUGAACUGAUGUAUGACUCAGUAUCAAACUUCUUUACCUCAUUGGUGGCUGAUUAUUCAAAAAUGUCUCCCCAGAUAUCUCUGGUGAUUCACAACGUCCACUAUUAAAGCUGUCUAGGUUGUCRGAGGUUGCUUUACCCGAGGUAACAUGACUAUGUAGGAGGAGCAAAAUUACCUUUGGCGUCAUGUCAAUUCUAAUGCAGCUCAAGCUUCACUGCUGCUUUGUUGCUCUCAACUUUGUAAGCUUUUGCUUCAAUACCAAAAGUUCUCAUCUGCAAAUGGCGUAACAGCAUUUUGAUUUUGAGCUAUAUUUCAUGCAAUACACAACCAUUUGCUUUUUACAAGCACAUAAUCAACCAUAUUAUGGUUGAUCAUUUUUGCACUUUAGUGUUGCCAGCUACAUUGCAAAUGCAAGUACCACUGUCUAAAAAUGUCAUUGUAGAUCUAAAUGUUGGCAGAAUUACUGUUUUGUACAUUUUAUGUGGCUUUUGCUGAAAUAUUUUGGUUUAGCUUGGGUUUUGUAUGAUUASUUCACAAUGUAGCGCUAAAUGUAUAAGUCUGUUGUAAAUCAUUUGCUUUAUGUUUCAGUGUUUCCAUYUUGUCUCAAAAUAAAGAAUAAAAAUGUUUUCCUAUUGUUGCUUAGAAUUGGUCGUUAAAAUUCCCAUUUAUUGGACACUUAUUAUCAAACUAUUAAGGAUUGCAUUAUUUGAAACUCAAAAACAAUCAACAGGUUUUCCACAAUUGCCACCUCAACUGUUUUGCAAUAGAAAUUCAACAGGUGUACUGUACCAUUAUUUUUUGUCAUCUAAUAUCAUGCAACUCAUUCCUUCAUUCCAGUUCUGCACGCUGCCUUAGAUGUUCUGACCUCCCCUUGUGCUGUUGUGGCCUGCCACAAAAUACACUGUGCUGUGUGUUUUGCUUGAUGGAGAGUUACMGUAUCUGUGUGCAGAAAACCUCGGCUGUAUGGGCUUAGCUUUGGUGGAUGCUGCAAGCAAAGCUUUUAGCUAAUGACUCAUUUGUAUAGUAACCUUCAAACUCACAGCUGGACCAGAAGAGAGCGAGGCGUCCUCUGAGUCCGYGAGGAAAGAAGAGGAAAGUCACCUGACACUGUUAUAUGAGAGACCAAAAGCCGAAGAACUUGCCUUGGAUGAAUCCCCAUUUGCCCCUGUGAAAGAGAGGGAUCUCACUGAAGCUGCUUCAUUUGAGCAAGCUGAUGAAAAAGCUAUUGAAAGCUCCAAGCUUUUGGAGUCAACUGUAAUGGAACAUGAGGAAAUUUUACAGACAGAGGACAAACCAAGUCUUAACACUGAAGAAAACUUGGAAAUAUCGUUACCAAACAAAUCAGAUGCCCCUAUCAACGAAAGCAAYGAAAAAGCAGAGUUGAUAGGAGAGUUGAUUCAAGAAAUAGGUAAGGAUGACCAAGACAGUAGUGUUCAGAACGUUGACUCAAGUCAAGAAACACUGAAAGCUACAUUUGAWACACCAGUAGACCAAUGCUCCGGGUCAAAAACUUACUUUGAAACAACUUCACAAAGUCAAGAAGAGGAGUUGACGCAGAGCUAUUAUGAACUCAGUUUGAAAUCAGAGACAAAGUCAAGCGGGGAACAUGAAUGUACUGUGGAAAAACUUGAACAGGAAGGGGAAGAGGUCGGGAUAAAUCUUUGUAAAAUGUCAUUAGAGCAAAGUUUGUCCCUGGAYGUUCCUGGUGGAUCUUCAGCGGUACAUACCGUAAAGGCAGACGAGUCAAGACCAUUUUCACAAAGCUUGUAUCCAAUUGGCGGUAGUGUUGAUAAAUCAGAAUUUCCUCCCUCAGCUCUASUUGUCGAGAGUUGCACACCAAAGUUUCCCCCAACAGUCUCCAUUACCCCAACAUCUGCUACAUCAAAUGAAGAUAUCCCAACAAAACCAAAAGCAUUAUCUGAUGAGCACAGCUCUAGCUUUGAACAAUCAGAAAACCUUUCUGAGAUGUUAGACUUGGCUGGAGUUCUACCUUGCCCAUCAUUAAUGAGGAAGGAGAUGGAUUACACAAGACGAAAGUCAGUCCCCGCCAAUGUGUCAGGUCUUGUAGGGAGUUCAUUGGACAAGUUUGCCAUGGCAGAUCAAAUAUCAAAAGUGGUGGCAGGGGAACAKCAGCUGGAGGAACUUGGUUACUGUGUGUUUAGUGAGUGUUCAGCACCAAUGCCUUCUCCUGCUGAUCUACCCAGUCCUGGGUACACUUUGCAACASUGUUUCCCCUCUCUGGACAGUGAAAUAGAGGGAGAUCUUGGAGUCUUGGAUGUUAAAGAUAUUCAAAAACAAACACAGCCAAGUGAUAAGAMAGAAACUGUCACAAAGAUUUCUCAAAAACCAGAUUCACCUGUUAAGACGAGCCUGAUUCUUGAAAAAGCUGUGACAAGUGGGAUAAAACCAGAUCGCCUACGUAUCCCAAUGACAACUUCGAAAGACAGACUCACUGAGUUGCGUCUAGAGACAGGCCUGCCUGGGGACAUAAAAAUCCAAGCAAUCCCUGAGGUCGACAUUGAAAAAGACCCCUCWAGAGAAGCUUCUCCCAUCCCACCCGACAACUCAUUUACUUUCACUCCAGCAGAAAUUGGAAGCGAAGUGUCUCUCACUCCCAUCACCCCUAAGUCCCCAACCGAAGUUUCCCCAGCUGAAGUUCAUYCAGAAAAUGAAGUCUCUGAAGGAAGGGAAGUGAAAGAAGAUGUAACAGAGAUGACCUCUUAUUCAGAGGGUGUUGAUCAGAAGCCUGAGUUAGACAAAGAGACAAUUAAACCCGACCACGAAGUUCUGGAAGAAACAGACAAUCAAAAAGACAUGAACAACAUAGGCAAGCCUUCAACAUCCUCUCAAGUGUUACACUGUAGCAUGGAGGAGAAYAAAGAUUCUAAAAUUCAAAGUGAGCAUUCGAAACCAGCAAGAUCAGAAGGACUGGAAAUGCAGGAGACCUCAGACACUAAUCAGAAUUCGGGKAUAGACAAAAGAUUUCAGCCACAAGAGCUGACUCUGACAGAAGAUUUUCCAAGACCACAUUUAUGUUCUCCAAUCAUUAUCAUACCUCAAACACAAGUAGACGAAGAAGUUGAGGAAGAGGAUGACAUUGAGAUAGCCGAAGAACCUCAAGAGAUAAUGGUAGAAUUGAYUGAGCCUCAGCACCACCAGAUGGAUAAAUCAGAAGAGAGACCAAUUAAAGAACUUGGAUCUGAGGAUCCAAAAAAAGACCAAGUGAGGCUGAUGGUAGGUGAUCAGAUGCUGGAAGAUGAUCCUGUGUCUGGAGCUGAAGAAUGGAGUCAUAGUGCCCUAAACAGUGACGAAGGGGAGCCUGCAACGGACAGUUCGCACUUGUCUCCAUGUUCUGACCAUGACUUACCACCGCAGUCAGAGGAUGGAGGUGAAGCUGAAGACAUGAAAGUGGAUAAAAAAGAAGAUGGUAUAAAGAUAGACAAGCUGAAGGAUGAAGAGAUAAAGGAAAAUCAAACUAAGGGGAAGAAAGCAGAAGAAGCAGAUUCUGGUGAAGUAGAUGAAGGGAAGAAAAAGAAAACAAUGGGAGAAGGGGAUGCAACAAAAGAGGAAGAAACUGAGAUUGGCGUGGAAGCAACAAGCCAGGCUGGCAACGAUGAAACUACAAUGGAUGUGUCUAUCCUUGAAACAGACAGUGGCUGGAUGGACUCACAAGAUGAGGAUAAAAGUAUCAUGACUGAGCAGAUCAAAGCCCUCCCUCUUACCAAGAGUUCUACCAGAACGCUUGUAGUGGCAGACCGACUUGCUAAACGUGGCCUCACUAAAGGACGGGGCCGUCCCAGCACUGCUGAUUGUAAAGUGUCCCGCAAAACACCCAUCCACCAUCCGCCAAUAGAGGAGAAGAUGAAAAAGAAAGUAGGCGUGCGGAGGGCUGACCAAAAUAAGGUGUCAGCCCUCCAAAGUCGCUCUCCGUCUCGAAAAAGUGGGGCCAAAGUGGCGGCCAGACACCCUAAGCCUGCUCCACUACAUGGCUCUGUUAGACGCAAGGCCCCAGGUGUAGAGCACCACCACCCCCUCAGUGUGGCGCAGCAGUCCAGAGAGAGACCUACUUCGCGACAGAGAAAACAUAGCCCCACGAGGGCUGUUCUGUUAAAGAUGGCAAUGCAGCGCGGCGGGGGCUCCCCCCGCCCAGGCUCUGCCUGCAUACUUAAACGGAGCCCCCUCGUGGAAGCAGAGCUUUGCGAGGCCCGCUCUUCCUCCGCAUGCUCCUACCCGCCCCCUUUGCCAAACAAAUUGGCAGGGAAGGAGAGAGUGUACCGCAGCCCUGAGAAGAGGUCAUCCCUCCCCAGGCCAGCCAAGUCUCUGACUCGCCACAUCCCUGCUGCUGAACAAGAAGACAACAGCACCCCCUCCAGGCCAACCUCGAUCCGAACAGACUCCAGAGGGGACGGCAGGUCUGGAAGGGCCCCUAGUAUGGCAGGCACAGACUCAGCCCGUUCCCGGUCAGUUCGCAGCGGCGCCUCCACCCCGGGCUCAGCCGUGACGCCCGGCACGCCCCCCAGCUACUCCUGCCGCACCCCAGGCUCGCGCACUCCCGGCAGCCACACGCCCAAGUCCUUCAGCGUCCUCCAGGAGAAGAAGGUGGCGGUGAUCCGAACCCCACCCAAGUCGCCAUCCUCCGCCCAGCGSCAGCUGAAGGUCAUCAACCAACCCCUGCCUGACCUGAAGAAUGUCAAGUCCAAGAUCGGGUCCACCUCCAACCUCAAACACCAGCCGAAAGGAGGACAGGUUCAAAUUUUAAGUGAGAAGCUGGACUUCAGUCAUGUUGAAGCAAAGUGCGGCUCCAAGGAUAAUCUGAAGCACACGCCCAAAGGAGGCAAUGUCAUGAUCCCAAAUGUUAAGCUGGACUUCAGCCACGUUCAGUCGAAAUGUGGCUCCUUGGAUAAAGUCCACUACACAGCAAGCGGGGGAAACAUUCAAAUCCAGACCAAGAAGAUCGACUUGAGUCAUAUCACCGCCAAAUGUAACUCCAUGUCCAACAUUCACCACAGACCAGGGGGAGGCAAUGUGCGGAUUGAGAGCGUGAAGCUGGAUUUCAAAGAUAAGGCCAUCCCCAAGGUCGGCUCCCUGGAUAAUGCCAGCCACACUCCUGGAGGAGGGAAUGUCAUGAUUGAGAGCCAUAAGCUGAGUUUCCGUGAAACGGCCAAAGCUCGCGUGGACCACGGGGCUGAAAUUAUCAUCACCCACUCCCCUGGGAUGGAGACGGGGGGCACCUCUCCUCACCUGUCCUCCUCUGGAAGCAUCAACAUGACGGAGUCGCCUCACCUGUCCACCCUGGCGCAGGAUGUCACCGCCGCCCUKGCCAAGCAGGGCUUAUGAGCGCCGGCGGACGCACACAAAAAUUCCCCACGGUCGCUCCUKUUUUUUCCCGAUCUUUGUCGCUCGCUCUGAAGCAUCCGGUAGAUUUUUUMUUUUCUUUUUCGUGAAAACCUACCCCGCACAAGUUCUGGACUGUGUCGUUCAUCCAGCCCUUCAAAAAAACUGAACUCUGCAAAAAAAAAUAAAAAAUCACUUCCUCUUUUUGGGGAAAAAAAGGGAACCCCUCUUCAUUYCUUCACUCAAAUAUGGACACUUUCUGUUGUAUAGCUGAUAGUCUCGCGUGGCUGUGAUUGUCUAAGAAAGCGGUUACAUGAUUGUAAAAUGAUUCGUUUUUUUUUGUCUGUGGAAAGCAUCGCCAGUCCACUUGAACUGAUUUCAUUAUGUCCAUUCAUGGUACUGAAUGCAAAAUACUAGCUAAUUAACGCUUGUCUUAAAAUAUACAACCGUACGAGAGACUUAAAUUCGGGGGAAAAAAACGAAUGACUGACAAAUGGGCAUGUUCUGCUAAAAUGUGGCAUUUUAAGUCAAAUAUGUUGGAUUUUAAUGUUAAAAACUGUUUUUUUUUUAUAUAUAUAUACAUGUUAAUGUAGUGUUACAGUUUUGUACCUUUUCCUGUGGCUGCUUUGGCUUAUUAGCAUUUAUAAUAACCACUGCAGUUAGAUAAAAUGUUGAGCGCUAAACGGCUAGCUUUCCAAUAGAGUUUCCUGUCUUUUUUAUUUUCUUUUUUUCUAUUUACUUCCUGCAAACAAACAAACCAUUUUGUUUUGUCUUUAGCGCUGUAGCUUCAAGCUUAAGGUUACACAAUGCUGUUAUGCUGGCAUGGCGAAUAAAGGAUUAAAUUAGAUCUAUUUGCAGCCAUCUUAAAACUUUAGCGUGAGUGGCCAAGAUGCUAUUUGUUGUCGACUCUUUAAAGGGAGGCUGUCGAAAGCCUUGCAACCCUUUUUUUGUAUUGUUUUGCGAAGACUGGACUGUACAUUGUAUCUGAAUAAGGGCCUAAAAGUUUGUUUGAGAUAAGUGUGAAGCUUUAUAUGAAAACAUUCCUGUUUAAAAAGAAAAGCUGUGUUGUGAUUGACCAAGUGUGAUCGUUUUGAUCGUUUCCGGAAAACAAAAGUGAGGACGAAUGGAAGUUAUCACCUGCUGAUAAAAUUCAUUAAAAAAAAAAGAAAAAUAAAAGGAAAUAAUUUCUGCUCACCGUCGUGAAACCCCCCUUUGACCCUCUUUUUUUCCCCCACUUUUCCUCCUUGUCAGAAACCUCAACGAUGUUUCUCUGUGCUUCUUUUACGGUCCCCGCUCCCACCCUCGACCCUCUAUGCCUGUGUAAGUGUAUUUAAAAAAUAAAUAAAAAUAAAAUAAAUGUAGAUAUGUGUGCGCUAUUUCCAGUGUUUGAGAUGUACUGAUUACAAAUGCUCCGUAAGGGUGAUGACAGAAAAAAAAUAAAGAAAUAAAAACUGGUU